UAGUGUUCUGUCACUCCAACAAUGGCUUCUUCUCUUUUCUUCAAACGUCCAUGCACUCUCAUACUAAUUCUCUUCUUAAGUGUCACCAUUUGCUGCAAGUCAGAAGAAGAUGCAAUGGACAUUGUCACCGAAGCCAUGGCAUGUUUCAACGAUCCUCAUUUAUAUAGCACCUGUCAGGAGUCGUACAGGCUCAAGGCAGAAGGGAGGAUAGUCGUUCCGGCCGAAGCUGUGGACGAUUACUGCGGAGGGCCAUGCCUGCAAGAGACUAAGCUUGUGCUGCAAUGCUUGCACAAUAUCUUAAGCAACUUCAGGUUCUACAAUGGUGCAACUCUGCUCAAAGUUGGCCAAGCGCUGGAGCGCGGUUGCAGCCAUGAUGAAAACAGAGGUGAUUUCAACACAUUGGAGAAUUUCGAGCAUCCUGGCUUAGAUGAUGAUGAUCACACUAAAUCUGAUUAUGGAAAGAAGAUCACUCUCUCAGUAUACUUGCUGGUUAUAACGAUCUGUGUAUGGUUAUUUUUUGAUCGACAGUUAUAGAAUUGUCAAGAAAUGAUUAGUUUCUGAAGUUACCAAUAAGAAUUGUAUGAAUCCUAACUAUAGCUGCUUGUUGCUUCAUGUUUAUAAUGUGCUGAACAAAGUCUAUGGUUUGCAAUAUUGAAGAAAUGUUAUUUAG